CAAAACAGGUGAUAGUGAUGGGCGUUACGUAAGCUCAUUUACAUAGAUCUUAAAUAUUUUAUUUUUAAUAUGCGGUACAACUUUGAACAUAAGAUUUCCUCCAUACAUAUAGCUGGCUAAAGCACACUAAACUUAUUAUUGUGAAAUUGUCAAUUCAUUUUUAACAUGAUACGAAGAAGCACAAAUUCUGCAGUAUAAUAAUCUACAAUUACCAAAUAAUAAAACACUGCCUUGGAGAAUUGGUUAAACAAAUCGUAGGAAAUGAGGAUGUUUUCGCUAUUUCGGUAGAAAUACCGUAAAAUCGAAGGCACAAAUCAAAGGUAUCGAAUAUAAAGCACAAAACAAAGUACUCGACAAGCUCAAGAUGUGACUGAUGUCACUAACGACCCAGAGAAAAUCACAAGAAGAAAAUAAACAAAGGGUAGAGGUGGGCCUCUAAGAGUCGUUUUUGUGCAUUCAUUAGUAAGGCGAACUGUUUGAAUGUGAAAACGUAUGCGUUAUUAUUGUGUGAUUCUUCAUAUUUCCAACUACGGGAUGAGCGAUCGUUUCCAUAACAUAUACAAAGUAUAUAAAACUUCGUCAUGUUCCUUGUUUUUCGUUACGUAACGAACUACACUCGAUAUCAAAUGCAACUAUCAACGUCAGUCUAGACAAUCUUAUCUAAAGUCACGUCAUUUUUGAAUGAAAAAUAAAAAAUUUGAAAUCAACACAUACUAUGGAUGGUACAAAGCCCAUUUUUUCAUCGUUAGCACAAUUUUAUGCAACGCAGAAGACAUUUGAUUGAAUAUUGGAAUGGACUCUCAAGAAGAAUGUUCGUCUAGCGAAGAACAAGACAUAAAACCUAUAUUUCUACCAAGUGUUACCCCCGGAUUAAAAUCUCAAGACUUCGAUUCGGAAGCGAUUACUUACAACCUAUCGCCUAGCUUAGUAGGCGGCUCCAAAAAGUGGUCUGUAAACAGGUAGAAAAUCUUCUAUCACAACCAUUUACUGAAAAUUCACAGUGGCAUUUUACAGGAAGAGCGCCUUCCUGCCAUACAGACAACAAAAUAAGUGCAACACAACUGUACUGACGAAUCUCCAAAGAGGGAACACACAGGCUCAAAACCCUUUGCCACAAAUAACAGACGUUAAUUUCCAUGCAAAGGCAGGCCAAGGCGAGCUUACUCAACAAGAUAUUGACAAUGAACCAAAUGUUGAUAUACGGUAUGUUGAAUAUAUCCUAUAAUUGGGCUCAUUUUUCUUUUUUUAAAGAUGACCAUUUGACCAGACUCUCACCUAUUCGUAAGAUAUUUUGUAUUCUCAGAAUUUUUCAACCCAAAAGGAAGCUGGCGAUGCUAACAUCUCAUAAACAGAAUGGUCAAAAUGUUUAAUAACACCCCCCUCUGGAAAAGAAAGUACUGCUCAUGACGAGAGGGUUUUGGAGAACAAUAUAAACUUGAUCCUGACCUUGUCCACAACCUUUAAGGUCAUUUAGAUGUCAACAUAAACGUUUUAUAGAAAACUUCAUUUGUUUGAAUACCUGUUUAUGUUCAUAGAUGACCUUGAUUUUGACGUGCAAGGUUAUUUAGAAGACAACUUGCAAAGGUUAUUGUAUCCCUAUUCAAAUUUCUCAAAUUGGCCUCUAAAUGACCUUGAAGGUCAUAGUCAAGGUCGUCUGCGUGCGUGAGGUUUUUUGGCAUCUCGGAGGAGAUAAAAAUACGGUUAUAAACAACCUUAUUUGUUUGGCUGCCUGUGAAAAGAGCAACAAAUUUUACGAUCGUAGAUGACCUUGAUUUAUGCAUUCAAGGUCGUUUAGAGGCCAACUUGCAAAUUUUAUAGUAAGUAAUCGUACGUUUUUGACUCCGCAGAUGGAAAGGGAAAUGUUUUCGUUCGGAAAUGGCCUUGACCAUAACCUGAAGGUGAUUUAGAGAUCAUUUAGUUUCACUGUUCCACUACAGUAUAAAAUUUCCCGUCAAAUGCAUCCGUAGGUUAUACAUUAUUAAGGUUUCACUUUCAAGGUACUUUCUUCUCUAAACGACCUUGAAGGUCAUACUCAAGGUCGUCUUCGACGUGAUAUUUUUUGGUCUGUCGCUCGCUACGCUUCCAUUUAAUAUUCCCAGGUUGACCUCUAAAUAGCAAUGAAUAUUAUUGUCAAGAUCAUAUUCAAUGUCAUCUAGGACCUUUUACUCUCUUCAUCUGUGGUUUUAAAAUACAGUUCCAUUUAAAAUUUUCAAGUCGACCUCUAAAUGACUUUGAAGGUCGUGGUCAAUGUCACAAUUGUAUAGUUCUUUCAAAAACUCUCAACUUUUUUCUUGGCCAUUUUAUUGUUUGAGCACUAUUUUCUAAGAUAGGGGGCGAGUCGGAAACUUUUGGUAUAACAUGUUAAUCUAAGCUGUUAUUGACAGCAUCUUUUUUUUUCUUAGAGACGAACAUAACGUGGCAGCUCUGCACUGGGCGUGCCAUUAUGGUCAAGUAAGUACAGUGCAACUGCUUCUGAGUUGUGGAGCGAGCGUCAACCUGUUGGGCCCCGAGGAAGAAUCCCCUCUCCAUCUUGCAGCUAGCGGUGGACACCUUGAAAUUGUCAGGAUGUUGAUUAAAGCAGGAGCAGAUAUCAACCAUGUUGAUCAUACAGAUGUGCAAUAGUGCGUUGAUGUAUGCAGCUAAAGGAAACCAUCCGCACACCUGCCAGGAACUCCUAAUGAAUGGAGCUGAAUCUUCUUUGGUGAACCUCAACGAUGAUACAGCUCAUUCCAUAGCAGUAGAAAACAACAGCAUUUUAGCCAAGACAGUGAUAAGAAAUCACCUGAUUGCGAAACUUGAUGCAAGAACUGCCUCACCGAUAAACUCUCUGUCAUCAGAAAUAGACAUCAAGUCAUAACGUUCACAUAUUUUUUUAUUUACAUGUACUUAAAUAUUUUUACAAUAAACUUAUUUAUUAAAA